AUGGGUGAUAAGAAUGGACAAGUUGUAGCUGGUGGCAAUGGCAAAGGAAAUCGAUUGGAUCAAUUGAAUUAUCCAACCGAUGUGUUGAUCGACAAAGAGACAGAUAGUCUCAUUAUUUGUGAUUGGGGGAAUCGACGAGUCGUACGAUGGUCUCGUCGUAGUGGUAUAAAUCAAGGAGAAAUCCUCAUUGACAACAUCGGAUGUUGGGGAUUGGCUAUGGAUGAUCAGAGAUAUCUCUACAUCUCUGACCCCGGCAAAGAUGAAGUAAAACGAUAUCAAAUAGGAGACAAGAAUGGAACUCUAGUGGCUGGUGGCAAUGGCAAAGGUGCUGAUCUUAAUCAGCUCAACGAGCCGACCUACAUCUUUGUCGAUCAACAACAGACUGUCUACGUGUCAGACAACAAUAAUCAUCGUGUAAUGAAAUGGAAUAAAGGUGCAAAAGAAGGAAUUGUUGUCGCUGGAGGUCAAAGCUUUGGGGAAGCUCUGACACAAUUGUCAUAUCCUCGAGGACUGUUUGUCAAUACAUUGGGUACCAUCUAUGUGGCAGACUCGUUGAAUCAUCGAGUGAUGCGUUGGCCUAAAGGAGCGAAACAGGGCACUGUCAUUGUGGGUGGAAAUGGCUCAGGAGAAGAAGAAAAUCAGUUGAACUACCCCAUGGGUUUGUCCUUCGACCGACAUGGCAAUCUGUAUGUCGUCGAUCAGUGGAAUAAUCGUGUUCAACGUUUUUCAAUCGAAUAG